AUGUCUACCAAUUUUGAGGACGAUGAUGCGCCUCCAGAGCUGGUGGACGUAUCCGCGAUGCCGUCGGACCAGCCGGAGUCUAUAGAGGAAGAGCAAACACCUCGAGUUCCUAUCACCUUGGUCACAGGAUAUCUUGGAGCUGGAAAAACAACUUUGUUGAACUAUAUCUUGACAGAGAAACAUGGAAAGAAGAUUGCUGUGAUUAUGAAUGAAUUUGGUGACUCCUCGGACAUUGAGAAGCCUUUGACAGUCAACCAAGGUGGCCAGGAAGUCACCGAGUGGAUGGAAGUUGGCAACGGCUGCAUUUGCUGCUCAGUCAAGGACACGGGUGUAAUGGCCCUGGAAUCCCUCAUGGAACGCAGAGGCACAUUCGACUACAUCCUGCUAGAAACAACAGGACUUGCUGACCCGGGCAACAUCGCCCCAGUAUUCUGGAUGGAUGAGGGGCUAGGUAGCUCCAUCUACCUCGACGGCAUCGUCACACUCGUCGACGCAAAGAACAUCCUCCAUCUUCUAGACGAACCCGCACCAGAGGAAAAAGCAAGCUCUCACAAUGAAGACCAUGACCACGGUUCCGGGCCUGUACUAUCCAUGGCGCAUAUGCAGGUCUCACAUGCAGACGUUAUCAUCCUCAACAAGGUUGAUCUUGUUACGCCCGAAGAGCUGGAAGUCGUUCGGGACCGGAUCUCGGCUAUUAACAGUGUGGCGAAGAUUCAUGUUACGGAUCAUAGUCGGACGCCGCAGAUUGAGGGUGUUGUGUUGGAUUUGCAUGCCUAUGAUCAUCUUAAUGAUUUGGAUUUUAGUAAAAAGGGGCAUAGCCAUAUUGAUCCGGCUAUUUCAACUAUUGCAGUUGUGGUACCUCCCAUUCCCGCGGACAAGGUACCACAAGUCGACUCCUGGCUGCAAUCUGUUCUGUGGGAAUCAACGCUGCCUGUGCCGGCCAACUCAUCAUCUGAUACCCACCCGACGAGUUUUGAGAUUCAUCGGCUAAAGGGUAUUCUACGGCUUGAAGAUGGGACGAGUAGGGUUAUUCAAGCUGUUCGGGAUGUCUUUGAAAUCAGAGAUGCCGAGCCGACUCAGUGGGACGAGGACAAGCCGUCUCCUGUCCAGUGCAAGAUUGUAUUGAUCGGCCGAGGGUUAGGGCCGACUGUAGAUCCCUGGAGCAAUAGCUUCGAGUCAUUUGUCCGCGGGAGGUAA